CUGUGAGCGGCCUCUGUCAGAGCUGCGCAGGGUGCGUCUCUUAGCCGAGGCCGCUCACAGCCCCUCUCUCGCCCAGGUCCGUGGUCCCUCCCUGUCACCCCUGCCCGCACUCCUGUCGGCGGCCCGAGCCCAGUCAUCGGGCCCCUGGGCGAGAUGAGGGAGCUCCGCCAGUCUGAGGCAGACCUGCAGGGCCCAGGCCCGGCCCAGGGCCCGGUGGAGGCGCAGCUGUUCGGGGCUGCGGGGGAGGAGCCCGCAUCCCCCUCCUCCCCCUCGGCCUCUUCCCCCUCCUCCUCCUCCUCCUCCUCUUACGCUGAUCCCUUGCACCUAGACCCGCUGCCACUGAAGGUGGCUGACCUGGUGGCCUUCCUGCUCCUCAAGUAUCGCACCAAGGAGCCGACCUCCAAGGCGGAGAUGCUGCAUAUGGUCCUCCGUGACCAUCAGGACCACUUCCCCGUGGUCUUCAGGCGAGCCUGCGAGUGCAUGCAGCUGGUCUUUGGCGUGGACGUGAGGGAGGUGGAUCCCCGCGAGCGCACCUACGUCCUGGUCCCCACCCUGGGCCUCACCUGCGAUGCGGUGCUGAGCGACGGGCAGUGCAUGCCCAAGGCCGGCCUGCUCGUGCUCCUCCUGGGCCUGAUCGCCCUGUCCGGAGAUCACUGCCCCGAGGAGGAGGUCUGGGGAGCACUCGGCAAGCUGGGGGUGUGUGCCGGGCGGGAGCACCGCAUCUACGGGGAGCCCAGGGAGCUGCUCACCGAAGUGUGGGUGCAGGAGGGCUACGUGGAGUACCGGCCGGUGCCCCACAGCGACCCCGCCCGCUACGAGUUCCUGUGGGGUCCCCGGGCCCACGCGGAGACCAGCGAGUGGCAGGUCCUGGAGCAUCUGCUCUGGGUCAAUAGCUUGGAUCCCAGGUCCUCGGCAUCCCUGUGGGCAGAGGGUGUGAGCGAUGAGGAAGAGGGGGCCUGA